AGUUACGAGCGCCACAGAAGGGAGAGGACGAACUAUCGUAUAGUCUAAAGUUUCCUAUUUUAUUUUGCGGGGAAAAUUUUCAUUUCUACCGUGUUUAUGUUGCAACGGUAUCAUCCGAAGCAUUAAUGUUCGCGUGUAUAACAGUGUUCGGCGGAGAGCGACGACAGUGAAGACGUUAGCGUGAUGUCUGCGCGGCGGAUUCAUCUUUUCUGGAUUAAAAAAAAAAAAUCAUCAUCUCGAUAAAGAAGAACCACCUUGACCAGAGUCAAUUCUACUGCCGACUGUCCGUUUCGACCGGAGACAAUGGAGCCAGACACGGAAGUGGAAAGCAACUUGAGGCAGCCGAAUGAUGAUGAGGAGGAGGAGGAGGAGGAGAAGAGAUGGAAGAGGCCACCGUCCAGCUAUGGAUCGAUGAAGAGUGACAGUGUUGAGAUGGAGGAGGAGGAGGAAGAGGGAAAUGAAGGAGACGUUGCUGUGAUGCUUCCUGUAUCGACUGUCCAUGGGGCAACAGGGCUGCAGCUGAUUCGCUCAGAGUCUCCAGAGACCCUCUACACUAUGACAACGCAGCAGGUACCACCAGGAGCUGAUGUCAUCGACACCAGGUCUGCCGAUCCAGAGGAUUUUUCACAAAGCGACCUGGAGGAUAUGGAUAAAGUUUCGAUAAUUAACUCCCCAGAACUACCUGAGCCUGUUGAACCAGAUGACGUGAUGCAGAUUGACGAGAACAAUCAGCCGGGCAGGCUUCAUCCAGAGCAAGACUUGCCCCAUAUAUUUAAGAGUAUCCAGAAGAGUCUGACAAACCUCACCAGUGAAGAGCUGUUCAAAUUUAAGAUGUGGUUUUUACAAUGUGAACCGGGCUUAAACCGGCAGCAAGUGAUGGAGGGAGACAUACUUGAUUUCGUGGACAGGAUGCUGGAGAACGUUGGGCAGGAUCGUGCCCUGCUGCUCACAAUAUCUACUCUAGAAAUGAUCGACCAGAAACCAGAGGCAGAGGAACUACGGAAUCAGUGCAAGAGAGCGUGCUUCCGUUCUCACCUGAAGCAGUGGUUGAUCAGAAAACACCUAGUCAUCCAUGAGGGGGUCGUACGAGCCGGAAGGCAGAAUCUUCUAGACAAUAUCUACGUUGAGCCCCAGAUCUCGACCCGAAUUUACGGAGGCGUUGACCCCUCUCAUGAAUUCCAACCUCGCCUUCCGUCACCUCUCCAGGUCCCCAGUCCCGACACCUUCGUUGGUGUGAACAAUCUGUUCCGACUACAGGCGGAUGGCGGCAGGCCGGUGAGGACAGUGCUGACCACUGGAAUUCCGGGAAUUGGAAUGUCUGUCUCGGUGGGGAAAUUCUGCCUGGAUUGGGCAGAGCAACGCGCAAAUAAGGAUCUGCAGUAUGUCAUCAAGCUUUCCUUCUGCACUUUCUGGUUUCUGCGAAACCAUAUACAUCCUCCUCCCCACAAGUCCAUCAUGGAGGUGAUAGAAUAUUGUCAACAUGAUUGCAAAGGCAUCAACCUGGAGCAAGAGGACUGUAAAUUUCUCAUCAUAAUGGACUCCUUCGACUGUUAUCAAGCUCCUCUGGACUGGGAGAAUGCUCCAGUUAUAAAUGACAAUCACAUGCAGGCACAUCCUGAUGUCCUGAUUGUAAAUAUCAUCCGAGGUACGGUGCUCCGUGGCGCCUGCAUCUGGAUCCUGGGUAGACAGGGGGCUGUCUCGCAAAUCCCAUCUCAGUACAUAGACGUUGUCACAGAAAUACAGGGCUUUAGUGACGAGAUGAAAGAUGACUAUCUGACCAGGCGCUUCAGCAAUCCAGAGCUGGCUGCGAAAAUCGUGGCGCACUACAAGCGCCUACCAACACUCCGCAUCCUCGCCCGCCAGCCCUUUCUCUGCUGGAUGGUGGCCACGGUGUUUGAGCGCUGCUACCGCUAUCAGGGCUACGGAGUGCACCCGCCCAGACUGACACCGUUCUACGUCAAUAUCGUGAUUGUCCAGACCAAUCGCAGGCUGCAGUUCUACCACGGAAAGAGUGAAAAUGACCUGAAAUGGUCCAGCAACGACAAGCACCAGCUGACCAAGAUGGGGAACAUGGCCUUCAAGAUGAUUGACAGGAGGACCAGCGUGUUCUUUGAAGAGGACGUGAAGGAGUGCGGCCUGAAGUUGACGGAGGUAGCGGUGUUGUCCGGCCUGUGCACUGAGCUCCCGGCUGCAGUCUCGGACGGGAGGAGGACGUUCUGCUUCAUACACUUCACCGUUCAGGAGUUCAUGGCCGCUUUUUACAUCUUCACAAAGUUCUACAUGGAGUCUAAGAACGUUCUGGACUCUGGGUAUUCGCACUUGCCCAGGAUCUUCACGGCCAUGUUCCAGAAAUCAAAUCAGACCAAAGCAGCAAACCUGGUGCAGUGCGCCUUGGUACGAACCUUCAGUUCCCCUCUUGGCGACUUUGACAUGGUCUUGCGCUUCCUGUGCGGCCUGCUUUGCCCGGGCUGCCACAUCGGUCAGCUGAGUGGCUUCCUGUACUGCCACAAAACCCCGAAGGUGGGCGGACUGGACGAGGUGCAGCAGCUGCUGGAGCAUACGAUACAGACGGCUCCAGAAGACAGGGUGGAAAACUUGAGGGAGUGCCUUAGAGAGAUGACCCAGGAAGAUGAAUGAGUUGGUGUGAGAUUGCGUCAUGGAAAUCAGUUUCACUCUCUAAUCAUGGAAAUGGCGUAUGAUCAAAGUGUGAAGCUGAAAACACUCGACGGAACUGAAGUAUGUUUCAUUUUGGCUUUGAUGAAAGUUUCAGAUAUUAGAUUAUGUCAGUCGUGCUACUGCAGCACCACAUAAAACAGAAUGUUGACCAGCGUUUAUGCUGGAUUAUGUUUUUGAUGUCAUACUAAUGAAAAGGGAUUUUCCAUCAUCCAGCUGCCACUAUUAUUUCAAUUUACGGCCUUUUCUGCUCAACUAAACAGAACAGAAAUGACAAAAAAGAACCGUUUUGAGAUUUGAGAUUGUGAGACAUGUAAACAUAACAGAAAUUUAUUUUUCGCUUGAGAGAAAAGCCCUUCUGUUAUUGCAUCAUGAAACAGAUGUAUCCCAGUGUGUAUGUGCAGGUGAAGCCAUGUAAGUCAUCGCUCGUACCAACAGAACACUACUACUAUUCUGUCAGAGGAAACAGGCUGCAAGGCCACAAGGAGGCGUGGUCAUAUUUAUUUUAUUAUUGUGUCAGACCAUGGCUUUUAGAGAUGGUUUUGUUUUUAUACCUAUUCAAAGUUUACAAAUGGCAUCUGGAUGAAGAGUAGUGGUAUGUGGUAGUGGAAUAAUAGGCAUUUAAAAAAACCUCAUGGUGUUUUUUGUGUGCCUUUUCUGCUACAAUUCAUUCGUACACAAUGUGGUGAUAUUUUAGCAUUUCUUCUCACUUCUGUAGAAACCAUGUUUUAUGUUUUCACAUGACAGUCAUACAGGUAAUAAGACUACAAUAAUAAUUCCAAGAAUUAUAAUGUUUUCUCUGUGAAAUAAGACAAUGUUAUACUAUCCAAUAUUUAAGGCUGCAAGAAAGUUGUUCUUUUGUAUGAGAAAUAAUAACAAAUAACAAUAUAUAAUAUCUUCUA